GCUAGACUUGUUGAAAGAAGGCUCGAGCAGUAACUGCUUUUAAUAUUUGGACUUUUCUCCGCCGUGUCAAGCGCUGUUCUUCUAUGAACCUUGGACUUGAGCAUUCAUUGCUUGAGGCAGCUGCGCAUUUGUGUGAAUUAGCGGCUCCGAAAAGAAACCAUAUCUGGUCAAAGUAUUCAGCUGUCACAUGCGCUAUAUAUAGUGUGGGAUAAGCGCUGUCUGAAGUGCUGUGGUUGGUCGGCUGGACUGUUCCUGUCUUUUUUCUUUUCUUCUGUCCACUUCUUCUAUUUUAUCUUGUUCACCAUGUUCCGUAAAGAGAUGGACAAGUACCGGGAUGUGGAUGAGGAUGAGCUCUUGCAGAAGCUCAGUGAAGAAGAACUCAGGAGACUUGAAGAUGAACUUGAAGAGCUUGAUCCUGAUAACGCACUGUUGCCGGCAGGAUUCAGACAGAGGGAUCAGACUAAGAAAGCUCCGACCGGAACAUUCCAGAGAGAUGACCUUCUAUCUCACCUGGAGAAACAGGCCAAAGAACAUCCAGAUCGAGAUGAUCUUGUUCCCUACACUGGUGAGAAAAGAGGAAAAGCGUGGGUUCCUAAGACCAAAGUUGUUGACCCUAUCCUGGAAGAUGUCACUCUGGAGCCUGAACUAGAGGAGGCGCUAUCUAGUGCUACUGAUGCAGAAUUGUGUGAUAUAGCAGCCAUUUUGGGCAUGCACACACUGAUGAGUAAUCAGCAGUAUUACGAAGCAUUGGCCAGCAGUACUAUCGUCAACAAACAGGGCUUGAACAGUGUAAUCCAGUGUACUCAGUAUAAGCCUGUGCCAGACGAACAGCCCAAUGACACAGAUGUAGAGGAAACACUACAGAGAAUCAAGAGAAAUGAUCCAGACCUUGUUGAGGUCAACCUAAACAACAUUAGGAAUAUUCCAAUCCCAACUCUGAAAGCGUAUGCUGAAGCUCUCAAAGGGAACAGUGUUGUGGAACGCCUGAGCAUCGUUGGCACCAGAAGUAACGAUCCUGUGGCCUUUGCACUAGCAGACAUGCUGAAAGUGAACACCACUCUGAAGAGUCUAAACGUUGAGUCAAACUUCAUUACUGGAGCUGGAAUUCUGGCACUCGUGGAAUCUUUAAAGAGCAACACUACACUGCAGGAGCUAAAGAUUGACAACCAGAGCCAGCCUUUGGGUAAUAAGGUUGAGAUGGAGAUAGCUAACAUUUUGGAGAAGAACACUACUCUGCUGAAGUUCGGAUACCACUUCGCCCAGCAGGGCCCACGCUUGCGUGGAUCUAAUGCCAUGAUGAACAACAAUGACCUGGCACGUGUAGUUCGGUCGGACUCAGAUGGCGCGAUCACAUUCACUCUGUCAGUCCCUGAGCUGGAAAGAGCCUUCUGUAAAAAGUUCAAGUUCACAUCAAAACCCAAUAAGAAAGAGAAGGCUUGAAGGAGGACCCAUCUUUCCUAAAUGUCGGACAAACGUGUAGCAGCCUCGGGAACCCUCUAUGGCCUGGGACCUGCAUCACACCCCAUCUCAUCCCAAAUCCUCCCUUCAUUUCUGUCCCUUUCACAGAUAAAUCACAGGAUCAUCUAAAAAAAAAAAAUCAUUCAAUUCAGAAUGCUUCUUUUAAAGCCCCAGAUCUGGAAACCCAAAGGUACCACCCUCUGUUUACCAGACACAUAGUUACUCAUGGUGAGUGUUUUAAAAAUGUGUAAACUACCUGCCAUAACAUUAGCAGGGGAAAAUCACCUGCUUGUGUUGAUGGAAGCAGUAAAGAUGAAAAUGACACUCUCACAAUGUUGACCUAAUAUUCUUGCUGUAAACAGUUCGACCUUAAAAACCAGCCAUUUCACUGUGUUUGGAUGCACACCAAGAGCAUCAAACUUCAAACUUGACUGAUUGUAGGUGUGGUUUUGUCUUCUCCUGGCCAGUUUGAAUCUCACUGUAGUAGUAGUUCUCGCACACAUCGCAUAGAAGCAUGUUCUUACUGUGUGCUUUUUGGGAUGUACUGUAAUUUUGACCUGCUCUUCUCUCUUGAAAUAUUUAACAACAGGUAAAUUUGUAGCUAUGCAGAUUCAUUGCUGGCAAGUCGCUGUACCGUGGUUUCUAGUACUUUGCUAUGCGGCAAACACCAAUGCAAGUGCAUUGUUGGUGCAUAUUUGCAUAAACUCGCAUCACCAAGUCGUCUACAGCUCAUGUCGCAGAAAUCACCAACUUGCAUUUAAAAAUAAAUUUGAAUUUCUAGUCGCUGCAAAUCACUGUCAGUGUGAACAUAUCUUUAUUGGUCACCUGAUAACAGUACAAAAUCUAAGCUCUAUGUAUUUGCACUGCUCCAGUAUAUUUAUGAAAUUAUGUAGUUUAUAUCCUUGGUUUGAUGAGGGGAAAACCUCUUUGUCAUGUUUAGGACAAGCUGUGUUUCAAUUUCCACAAUUAGCAAUAAUAUCUCUCUUAUUAUACUAACGGUCUCUCUAUGUUAUCCACUUAUCAUAAAGUGAAUGUGACUGAUGUGUAUACAGUGUUCUUCCUCAUUUAAUGCUUUUUUAUGUUUGAGUGAGGAUCAAAACACAAUUGAAAACCUAUCAUAAAACUAUAUGUAUUAUUGCCUAUGACUGCUCUCAUUAAGUAACGUCCAGGUUAAAUCCCUAAACAAAGAUAUUAUAUUUUGCAUGAAGAAAAUUAUUUUAGGAUCAAACUACCAUACAAGAUAUUUUGCAUUGUGACAUUACGUUCAUGGUAUUUAAGCAUGAUUUCCCCUGAAUUCUCAUUACAGCAAUUUAAAAAAGUACAUUAAUUAAAUUCAGUAUAACAAAUAAUACACAGGGCUUGAUUCUUACUUUUUUCCCCCAAAGAACACCAGUGCUCCUAAGUUGAACAAUUUAGGAGCAUGUUAAAUCUCUUAAGGGGCAUUGAAAAUGUAUCAUAAUGAGCCACAAACAGACGUUUACAACACAGAAAGUACACUAGGUUUUUAAAUAUUUCCGCUUCAAACUGUAUUAGUAAUUAUAUACUGUUAUAAACAGAUUAUUGUGCUGUAAAAUCUGUGUUAAAUAAUGUUUGCAAUCUUUCUUUCCUGAGGAGGCAGCUCAAACAGAACAGACUUUGCAGCGUUCAUAUUUACAUAAUGAAAUAAGAACCUUUUAAAGCUUAACAAUCACAAUAGCCUGUAUCAUGAUUUCUUUUUUUCUGUCCCCAAGACCUUUUAAGAUAUUGAUGUUUGUUAUACAAUUGAAGAUAUUUAAGACUUUUUAAAUACUUGCAGCAACUUUUUUUUAUUUGCACAUGCUCCUAAAUACAUUUUACAGUUUGCACACAUCUAUUUUUAGUUGCAGAAGCGAGUGAAAUGUUCGCAAUGUUGAGCUCUUGUAUGGGAAUGUUUACUUAAAAUUGCACUGAACGAUUUUUUCAUACAUCUUGAUUUUGAGGGCAAAUAUGACCUGGUCAUUUAUUGGCAGUUUUUGUGAGACUAGGCAUCAUUUGCAAUCUGUCAUGUGCAGUGAUUUAGCAGGUGUGUGUGUGUGUUUCUCAGAUAUUUGUUGUCCGUGAUCAGGCCUUACUCCCUUCACACUCUCCCAGCACAGUAAAAGUCAGUGUUUUAUGGAUGUAAGCAUUAUCCUUCUGUUUAAAGGACCGAGCAUUUAUAGGACUUUUGGGGCCGUCGUCUUGUUCAAAACCAAAAUUUUACUGUUGAUUGUCUUGUCCUGUGUUUGGACGCAGGCCCAUGAUCGUAGCUAUAGAGUGCCUGGAAAGGUGCACAUAUUUACAUUUUGUUAGUGCACCUUACUGUAUGUGGUUUAUUGAGUUAAUAAAGACAGAAUAAGUUGUGUGGACAUGUUCUUAACACUUUUUUUCCCACCACAUUCAUAGCUUUGCAUCAGGAAUAGUAUUUAAAUAUUUAUG